CUCCUGCGUAUUACUAAAAGAUGAAUAUGUUCGACACUUCCAUGAGCAGUAGCCAGUUGGGAAAAAGAAGAAGAUUAAGCUAUGGUAUUUAUCAACCUACAAGCAGGGACCGUGUUUUGAACGACCUUCCUGAUCAUCUCAUCUAUGAAAUAUUCUUGAGAUCUUCCGCGGAGUCUUUACUAAGAUUGAAGAGUGUGUGCAAGGCUUGGUAUUCGUUAAUUAAGGAUCGCAAUUUCGCCAAACUACAUUAUGAUCAUAAUAAAACAAAGAAGCAAUCUAUUGGUAUUAUUUUCAUCUCUAGAAGAGAAUAUAUUAGUCAAUACGAUCUAACAAUUGUCAACAACUUGUGGGAGUACGAAGAAGUCCAUUUGCAGGAGUUGAAAUUAACGGUAGGAACGGAAGAAAUUGUAAAAAUGACUUCUUGCAACGGUUUGGUAUUCUUCCAUACGGAAUUCCCUUUGCUUAUAUGGAACCCAAUUACCAGGGAAUCAGUAGAGCUUCCACCACGGAGGAUGGAUGGAGAUAGUAAGAUGGCAACUGCAUGCGGAAUCGGCUAUCACGCAGCGAAUAAUGAAUAUAGAGUGGUUCAGCUAUUAUGACGUCUUUCUGACUCUUCAUUGGAGUGUGAGGUUUCAGUUUUAGGUACCAAGAUGUCAUGGAGACGAAUCCAACAAAAAGACAUCCUUAUUCAUCCAU